AUGGGAGUUUCCUGGGUUUUUGAAUACGACAAAAGUACAAGUGCCAUUGAAAGAGCUUUAUUGGCACAGGGUGCGAAGGAAGUUGGUGUUUUUACCGUAGAUUCGACCCCGUACAAGCCUGAAGAUAAGGUGCAGGGUGUGAUUAACCGUUUAUUCAUAUUGCACCACAGCAACUACCCUCAGUCUACAUUUGUUAUAGCGCCUCAUGAGAAGCACGUUUACCCCAGAGCAGUUUGCGAUCGAGGUUUUGAUUUAAUUCUUGCCAAACUGAGUUCUGGCUUGGUGCAAGAUACCGCUGGCAAAUUUACAGUUUCUGGAAAGGAAUUUCAGUUAGUUGAUUUUUUUGUACGAUUUGGACCAGCCACGAUGGGGGUUACGUCAAAAGGUGUGGUCGUUGAAGUCGAUUAUGGCCCGAGUUGCAUAGCAACUCAGUGCUCUAAUAUGCUUUCAGAGUUCAUAGAAGACUUCUUCCCUGAACAGUCGCAGAAAAAGCCAACUGUUUUGCAAAAAAUUCAAUCUGAACCUUACGUAACAUUAGACACGAUGACUCAGUAUUUAGAAAUAUUUAAUACAUUACGCAAAAAGCCAUCAUAA